AUGCGAAGAUUCUUUUUCUUCGGGUCCCCCACCCCGAAGGACGGGAAUGGCGAUGGGACGCCAGGCGACGACGGCAAGAGCAAGAACAGGAGUAAGAAGCCACUGGAGGAAGGCGAGGGUAGUUGCAACUCCAGCUCCAGGUCCCAUGACCACGGCGCAAGGAUGUCUAGGUCGAGAAGCCGCCGUGGAAGGCUGAGCAACGAGGAGCCAGCCAAUCCAAAGCAGCUCAGGAGGUGCAUGUCGUUCUCAUCCGCCGCCGCCAACAGUGGCCUGAAGGAACGGAGCUUUAGCUUCUCCGGCGAUGUCCCUGGUUCUUUCUAUGACGAAUCUGAUGUGCCUCACCAGGCCGAAGAUGUCAAUCACUAUGCCUGGUCACCAGAAAGGCAUCCAGUCUUAAGAGAAUCCUCAGUAAAGGUUCCAAAACCAUGUUCAGUCCUGGAAACUGAUUCUCCUCGUUCAAGAUGCUAUUCAUGCUCAACAGGGCACUCCCCUCCUACCUCUCCUGUUGCCCUACGAUGCAGGUCUACGAGGCUAGGCAGUUUAUUGAACAAGAAUGAAGUGCUAGACCGAUACAUUGAUGGAGAGCAGGAGGCUGCCAUCCAAAAUGAGAAGCUGAGGCAGAACUCUCCCACUAGAUCUGUGGUUUCGAAUUCAAGACGUCCGCCUCGACCCCAUUAUACAAUGCCAUCUUUGCAAAAAUCAAUGAAAGAGAACGUUGAGACCUACCCAAAUGUGGAUGCGAAGGAUGCCUAUGGAAGUAAAAACCAUGCAAGUGUUCUGGAUGAUUUUGGGAGGUUUCCACAUUUAGAAGAUUACAGAUCAGAAAGCAUUCCAUCUGUUGAAGAUAUCUAUGAGGAUUUCCAAGAUAUGCAACCUUCAAAAGUUAUCCAUGAUGCCCCCCAAUAUUUUCAUGAUCAUGACUUGGAUUUCGCCCCAGAAGGGCAAGAAACUGAUGAUAAGUUGCUUCAAAGGGCAAAAGAAAUUGAAGAGAGGUUUAUAAUUCCUUCUGGAGACAAUCAUCAGCUUAACAUGUCCAGAUAUAAGCGAUUAAGCUCAAAUGAAAUGUUCCAGUUGAUUCAGUGUUUGACUGAAGACAGGAAACAGCUAGCAGAUGAAUUGUCUUCACAGAUUAAGGCACGCCUUGAAGAAAGGUUUAAUGCCAAAGAGAAGUACAAACAAUCAGUGAAAGAACUUGAGAUCAGAACUCGAAGGCUGGAGAAGGAGAAGACUGAAGUACAGAGUACUUUGGAGAGAGAGAUUGACAGAAGGUCAAACGAUUGGUCAGCCAGGCUGUUGAGAUUUCAAUCUGAAGAAGAGAGACUGCGUGAACGGGUGAGAGAACUUGCUGAGAAAAAUGUCUCAUUUCAGAGAGAACUCACUUCUCUUGAAGCAUACAAAGUUGAUGCAUCUGAUAAGGUUGCAAGUUUGGAAAAGCAAAACAUGGAACUAACUGAUGAGCUAGAGAAAGUGAAAAAUGAGCACAACAAUCUCCACAAUUCUUCAAUAGAGUUGCAUGCUCAAUUUUCUAAGGCCACAGAGGAGAAGGAGCAUAUCAGGGGAUUCUUGAAAGAUAAGGAGGGUGAUAACAAGGCAUUGCACCAAGUGGUUGCAAGGCUACAGACAAUAUGCAAUGAACAAGAAAAAACAAUUGCUGGCUUGAGACAGGGAUUCAGUGCUGAAUUGGAUAAGGAAUCUGUUUGGUCCAGCAGUGAGAGGAAGAAUAGGAUGCAGAUGGAACUCAUCAGAUUGUCAGGAGUGGAGCAGAAGUUGAGAGGUGAAGUUCAAUCUUGUCGUCUUGAAGUAGAAUCUCUUAGGCAAGAGAACAUUGCACUCUUAAAUCGUCUACAAAGCACUGAAAAUGGAUCAAGCUUUUCCUCAAUUCGUCUUGGCCAGGAGCUUCAGGCUAAAGUGGACAACUUGCAGACACAAGGCUUGUCGUUACUUGAUAAGAGUAACCAACUUUGCACCAAAUUGCUGGACCUUGUGAAAUGCAGGAGGCAUGAAAGUGAACAUGACAGCGAUAUUGAUGCAUUAGAUUACACACUGGAGCUCCAGAGCAUCAAAGGAGGAAUCGGGAAUCUGAAACGAAGCCUGCGGGCAACCAGUGCUGUGCUUGCCGAAAAGCAGAAUUUGAAAGAAAGAUCUGGUGAGGCUGCAGUUGGAGGUAGUCCUCUCAUGGAGGAGACAGAUGAGGAAACCAUGACUUCAGUUUUAAAAUAUGAUAUCUCUAGUGAGAUGAGCCAAAUCAGAAGCUGCUUUAACUUUUAUGAAAACUUCAAGGUUAAUUUUGAAUUCAAGCUGAAAGAAGAGGCUCUUCUGAAUAGAGUACUGAAGGAGGCACUUUUGUCAAAGGAACUUGACAUUGAACAGCUGCGGUCAGAUGUGGCAUCUUUGCUUCGUAUCCAAGUUGUCAUGAGGAAUGAGGUCCAGAGAGUCCAAGAUGAACUAUCCUGCAUCACCCACAAGGCUAAACAUUUGGAGCUUCAGGGUUCGAAGAAAGACGAGUCCAUCGACCAGAUCCAGCAGGAUUUCCAAGAAUCUGCCAAGGAGCUAAGCGCGCUCAGAGGAGAGCUGAAAAUCGUGACCGAUGAAAGGGACCUCUCGUGGCAGGAAGCGAAGCAGCUCCGCAAAACCACCAGCAUGAUGCAGAACGAGGUCGCGUCUCUAAAGAAGAAGAUCGAGUCCCUCGAAGAAGACAUCCUUGUCAAGGAGGGGCAGAUCUCGAUCCUACAGGACAACGUCUACAAGCCGCCGCUCGACUUCAUCUGCAGCCCCAGAACGAUGAAGCAGUUCGGCAUGGAGUGA